CUUGGGGUUCAAAGUUCGACGAAGGGAGUGGGGUUGAAAAGCAGGGGUGCUAACCAUAAGCUUAACAGCUCCCGCCAAAUCCAUGGCAGCUUCUCAAAUCAAGCCUAUCAUAUAGCCACCAUUCUGCUCAAGGCACAUGCCACAAAUUACAUAGACGAGGUCAAACGCAUUGCAGUCUGCAUUCUCCGCCCACAUAGCCGAUUGAACAAAUACUCCAAUAAAGUCUCUUCCAAUACUCCUUUCCGCGUGUGGGUCUCUGUCCUGUAGAAUAACCAUAGCAGCACUUGCGCCCCACAAGGUGGUGAAAGCAUGGCCGGGCGCGGGCGGGGUCGUGGGUGGGGCAGAGGGAGUGGUUUUGUGAUACGAGACGAUGACGGGAACAUGGUCCUGCCAGACAAGCUGAGCGGGCCGCCGCCACUGUUCCCGCCCAUCGAGAACCUGCCCGAAGUCCCUGAAAUUGGAGACGAGGAAGAAGAGCUGCUGAACCGGCGGAGGCGCCUCGAAAGCGCUUGGCUGUACUCGCCCUACCACAUCGAGAAACCAAAAAGCAAAACAGUGGGCUUAGCUGCAGAGAUAGAGAGGUACGCUGAUCGGUACCGACGAAACCCGCACGCCAUCCGAGCGCCCCUAUCCUCGGUCCUGAAGUUGACACCAAAACACUUUCCAGCCGAGCUAUUGGGGCCAGAGAAAGGAAAAGGGCGGGGCGGAGGGGCCGCGCAAGCAACGGCGGCAAGCGCCCCCUGGAAAUCGGCUCCUUUAGCAACCACAGACAUACAAAGGCUGGAGCGCCUUGCAAACCUCGAGCAGAAGAUCGAGGCGAAUGGGGAUAAAGCCACUGAAAAGCCGAAGGAAGGCGAGGGCGGGGAAGAGGACGAGGAGGAGGCGCUCGAUGAGGAGGACGAGAUGGGCGAGGGAGACUAUGAACAGGGCUAUCAGUUCGAGGACGACGAGUUGUAUGGGGACGACGACGAUGCGUUUGGGAACGACGAGGGGCCCACUUUUUAGUACGGCUUCCGUUCGACGGCUCUCGCAAGGCCUGGGAGCUCUUUGGCGACACGUUAGCCGCUGGAAUGAAGCCGGAACACUCUACUUCGGCACCUUGGAUUGGGCAUCUAUAUCAUCAUACUCACUUGAUGUAUCCCGACAACAAUUCUGGAACCUCCGUUGUCCUCAGCUCAUUGUGAUUGAGGCCAAAAUCUCUCAGUGUGCCGAAUCCCAAAAGGGGUUGUAUGUAGCAUUUUGUAGUCUGCGCCUCGAUCCUAAAGUUGACAUCUGCUCAGCUCAUGCAAUGCUCCCUACAAU